CCCCAGGUUUUACUCACCUCCUACCUGAGAUGCUUUCCUAUGCCUCUCCGGAGUCAGUUGGGAGGUGAGGCCAACAUCAACAUGCACAACUUUCCCUCGUUCAGCAAGAAGGCCCUAGACCUGGAAGCAAAGAUAGGGCAUGGUCAGACACCCAUAACGGAUGGUAGGAGAAAGUCACUGCCUCCCAACUGGAAAGCGAAGGGACGCAUCAUGUUCGUCGACAACGAUGGUUCCACCAUCAAAUUGGACGACGACUUCCAGUCGGGAGUGGGUUCAAAGGCCGACAGUGUAGAAGCUUCAGGGAGUGGAGUAAUCGUUGCCGUAGCUCAAAAAGUAACUACGGAUGCCAGCCAAUAUGGCAUAGGUGUCGUACUUGCGCAGCAGGAGGGGAAGAAGUUGAGGCCGGUAGAGUACAUGUCCAAAAAGAUGCCCUCUCAAAAGCUGGCUAAGUCCACCUAUGAGAAGGAGCUCUACGAGAUCUACAAAGCGCUCACCCACUGUAGGCACUACCUCCUUGGCCGCUUCUUCUAUGUCAGGACUGAUCAUCCGACCCUUAGAUGGAUGAAGACUCAACCAGUACUCUCCGACGCUUUGAAGCGUUGGAUCGAAGUCAUUGAGCAGUAUGACUUCGAACCCCAGUACAUCAAGGGGGAGUACAACAAAGUUGCUGACGCGCUGUCGCGUAGACCAGACUUUCUUAGUGCGCUGGUCACCGAAUUUGGGCUUGUGGACAAUGUUACUCAGUCUUUGGUGGAUGCCUAUCGCGAGGACCCGUUUAUGACCGAGAUCAUACGCAGACUUGAGGCGAAGGACAAAAAGACUUCUGCCGAGUUUGAGUUGGUCAACGGCCUGCUGUCCCUUGAGAAGGCCGGGAAUAAGCGUUUGUGUGUUCCUAAUAGAGAGUCAUAUGCAGUGGAACACAUGCACAAAGCACAGGCGGCGAUGAUCGAAUCUGAGAACAAGCACCGUCGCCCAUCUACGUUUCAGAGACCUCCCAAGGAAUCUCUCCCAGGUGGAUGGUGGAAUGAGAUCACACACCGAUUCCCAUGGCUUGGGGAAUGCACCUGGCCCGCAAAACCCACACAAGAGCUGAUGACUUGUGUCAUGGAUGCAAUCAAACUGGCAUGGGAUAUUGGGCGCUUACCGCAUUUCUUUGAGAUGCUUGACUUCAGCGACCUUGCCGUUCUUGCAGGGGCUUCGGAUCGGGGUAGGGAUGAAUUCGAUGACGAGCUCAGGGUCCUGUGCGAGAAACUCGAGUUGGAAAAGCAAGAGUAUGCCAGGGAGUGCAGGGAACUCGAGGCGCAGGACCCGAAUAGCAGCAUCAACGCCCCAGGGCAGAUGAUCACACUACCAAGUGGCGGGAGGUCCUGGAAAAGGCAGAAGUCGAAAUGUGACGGCUUUUUCCACGUAAGGUACACAAGUCGGGUGAUGGAAUGUCUAUCCAUUAGGAGAUUGGUGAAUGAGGCCCUUGGAAGGGUAAUCGGGGAUGAGACGGUGACGUGGCUGGAACGCACUAGGAUCGGAUGGACAUAUAACAGCAGGAUCGCUUCCAGGCUAUGCAGACCAGCGGAGGUGUUCUGCGAGUUUGACGUUACACAAUGGAUGGAGAGCUAUGAUCCGGACCAAUGUCCGUGCAGAUCGCGAAGGUACUUGGAUAUGCGGAGCAACUCAUCGAUCGAGCUACUCCACAGCGAGGGGUAUAAGCACGUCAUCACCUUGGACUCGCCAAUCACGAAUAACCUGCUACUCCAGGGCAUCAUCAAUUCCAGCCUCAACCAUAUCCCAUGCACGGCUCUAGACGUGGAUGAGGCGGUGAACGGACUGGGGGACUUCUUGGACAGGCUCCUUGCAUUGGUAAUGGAGUUGCGCGAGCUCACAGCUUCCACUCAGUCAUUCUUACGAAGGAUCGUCUUGAAGAAAGGAAGGGAGAAGAUGACGAAGUAUCGGGAGGCGCACAGACACGUAGCUGCGGAACCAUUUGAACAUCCGACUGUCAAGCGGGAGAUGGAGUUCCUCGUAAGCCGCUUCCUCAUUUGUCCAACGGACAAAGCUCCAAGCACUCCGGCUUUCGUAUGCAAAAAUUUCAUACGAAAGUUGGUCUUCCAGAGGCUGUUCGUCCCCGAAUUCGCCAGUAUCGCCGCACCUGCUGCAUCAGUCAUCUCACGCAUAAGGGGCGGACUUCCGGCUAUGCAUGCGCUCCCCAUCGCACCUGCGGCGCUCUCGUACCUCAUGACAGUUUUCAAAGUGCACAAAGGCACGUUCCGCUGGAUCACGAACACAGCCAACACUAUCAUUUCCCCUGCAGUGGAACUUUGUGCUUGUCUUCUUCAUUUUCUCCUCCUCUUAGUGCAGACAUUCUAUCAGGAGAGGAGCUUGGAAGCGGAAGAGCAGCAAGGAGUAAGACCAAACAUGUGGUGGGCCAUAGCCUCAGUGGGGGAGUUCUGCGAGAAUCUGCCAACGGAGGCCUGUUCCGUCUUUACGGGCGACAUUACCAAAUGCUUUGAGACGAUCCCCACGGACAAUUCCGAGGACAGUCUCCCCACAACGGUCAGAUUCCAUGUGCAAAGCGCAAUGCGGGUGCGUAGGGAGAGAAGCUCAAGCCAUGCCAUUCGGAUCAAGGUUGGGGCAAAUGGCAGUUUCUGGCCAACGUGGACGGAUGCCGAUCAGCCAGACUAGAUGGGUUCAAUGCUAUUUAGAGA